CACUUCAUUUUCCUGUCUUCAAUUCACAUAAUCUCUCUCGCUCUCAUAUUCUCCCUAUCACAGUCUGGCUCAGUGCCACUCCUGCUGACCUUUCACCUACACCUACACACAAGUUCAAUUCAAGAACCCAUCAGUUAAUUGGAAAGGUUCACCCCUUUGGUGGGGUGAGAAGCUACCAAAAACUACAAAUGGGAAGGCAUUCCUGCUGUUACAAGCAGAAACUUAGGAAGGGUCUGUGGUCACCAGAAGAGGAUGAAAAACUUCUAAGGCAUAUCACUAAGCAUGGUCAUGGUUGUUGGAGCUCGGUUCCUAAGCAAGCAGGUUUGCAUAGGUGCGGCAAGAGCUGCAGGCUUCGCUGGAUCAAUUAUCUUAGGCCUGAUUUGAAGAGAGGUACAUUUUCACAAGAGGAGGAAAAUCUUAUCAUUGAACUUCAUGCAGUGUUAGGGAACAGAUGGUCUCAAAUAGCAGCACAAUUACCUGGGAGGACUGACAAUGAAAUAAAGAAUCUGUGGAAUUCUUGCCUUAAGAAGAAACUGAGGCAAAGAGGUAUAAACCCUGUGACACAUAAGCCACUGUCAGAGGUUGAGAAUGUUGAGGAGGAGAAAACAACGAGCCAAGAAUUAUCCAACGAAUUGAACCUCUUGAAUUCUGAGAGCUUCAAGUCAGAUGAAGGGUCCUUUGAGCAGAGAGCAUCUUCGAUUGCCCCCAAAGCCUAUGAGAUGGAAGGUUCCUGCAGCUCCAAGAUUAACACCAAAAACGACACCAACUUGAUAGCCAAUUGUUCCAACAAAGACUUGUUCCUAGACAGCUACACCACUAGUUGUCAACCCUCAGAUUUGAUGGGAAAUUACCCUCUUCAGAUGACUGACACUCUCCCAACCAAUUCAGACUCCAACCAUUGGUUCAGUCCAACUGCAAGACCCAUUGAUAUAAACUCUGAGUUUACUUCCAAUGUUAUGUCCAUUCUUCCACCUACAACAACCUCAUUUCUCCCUAGCACUUCUUUUUGCUACAAGCCAUCACUUGCAGUCCCCCCAGAAGAUAUUUCAGCACCUUCGUUCGCUUUGAAUGGACCCAAUUACUGGGAACCCAGUGCCUCCAACAACAGCAAUGGCAGCAACACAAGUGAUGGCAGCAGAGAGUUCACAAGUAGCAAGAACAGUGUUCUUUCUUCGUGGGGACUGACAGAAGAAGCCAAGUGGUCUGAGUACCUCCAUAACCCAAUGCUGAUGCUGGCAGCUCCUGAAUCAUUGUGCAACCAAAUUAGGCCAGCCACACAUUUGGUACCUGAUAACACUUUAGGGUCCAUAAUUUCUGGUUCCAAGGAGCAACACCAGUCACAAACUUCUGCCAUCUUUUCCAAGGACAUCCAAAAGCUAACAGCAGCGUUUGGACAUAUAUAAUAGCAUCAGGAUUUGAUAUAAUGAAAGAUUUUAGAAGGGGUUCCAAGGGAUUUAUUUCUGUUCUCAGUGCAGGUGUGUGAAACAACAGAUUAAUUUUGCUCAUGUAUAUAGGCCAGGUCCGUCACAAAAACAUUUCAUUUUGGUAAUUUUUAUUGUGAACCAACUCAUCUGUCUUUUACCUUCUCCUGUGUGGGUGGAAUAUAAUUGCAGAAUAAUAAGGAUUGCUCUGCUUUGUUCUUUC